AUGUACACACACCCUCAUUUCCACAGCAGCACCCACGAGGUUCUUUGUAUAUUUUCCGGAAGUGCAAGAUUAUGUUUCAGCACCCCAACUCACACCCCCUCCUCCAAGAUCCAAGCUACCGUAAAAUUCGGCGACGUCAUAAUAAUCCCCGCUGGUAUAUCUCACCACCUCCUCGAGGACCUCACCGGUGAUUUCCAAAUGAUCGGUUCUUAUCCCAAAGGUAAAACAUGGGAUAUGUGCUACGGGGAUGGAAGUUCUGGAGAAGAGGAGAAGAUUCGGGGAAUUGCUGAUUUGGAAUGGUUUGAUCGGGAUCCCUUGUAUGGAGAUCAGGGGCCCGUUUUAGAGGAGAGUUGA